AAUUUAUAUAUUACAAUAAACAUGAUUGUCAAACGUGUAUGUACUUUGAUUAUUUUAGUAACAGCAAGGUAUACCAAUGGAGAAAAUAAUGGCUCUUUUCCUGAUACUUUUUUAUUUGGAGUAGCAAUUUCUUCAUAUCAAUCCGAAGGAGCUUGGAAUGUGGACGGUAAAAGUGAAAGUAUUUGGGAUGCAUUUACACAUAAAAAUCCUUCUCCUAUAAAAGGCGGCCAUAAUGGUGAUGUUGCCUGUGAUUCUUAUCAUAGAUACAAAGAAGAUAUUGCACUGGCAGCUGGACUGGGACUCGAUUUUUAUAGAUUUUCAAUUUCAUGGUCAAGAGUCCUUCCAACUGGUUACGACAAUGAAGUAAAUGAAAUUGGAUUACAAUAUUAUAAAAACUUCGUGGCAGAAAUAAGAAAAUAUGACAUGAUUCCUGUAGCAACAAUCUACCAUUGGGAUCUUCCAAAUAAUCUUGUAUCCAUUGGCUGGGAUAAUUUAAAAAUGGUAGAUCUUUUCGUGAAUUAUUCAAGGGUGGUUAUUAAAAAUCUACCAGAUGUGGGAGUCUGGCUUACAAUAAACGAACCAAAACAAAUAUGUCACAGUGGCUAUGGCGAUACACUCUUAGCCCCGGCAAAAAAUAGCAGCGGUUUAGCUGAAUAUAUGUGUGCAUAUGUAGUCCUCAAAGCACAUGCUGAAACAUACCAUAUGUAUAAAGAAGAGUUCAAUAACUAUACAGCAAAAAUGUCUAUAGUUAUAGACUGUCAAUGGUAUGAACCCUUAACUAGUUCAGCAGCAGAUAAAGAAGCAGCAGAAAGGUUUAUAAACUUUGAAUGCGGAAUAUAUGCACAUCCAAUUUACAUUGGAGAUUGGCCAAUCGACUUGAAAUUUCGAAUAUACGAAAGAAGCUUGAUGGAAAAUUACAACAAGAGUCGUUUACCUGAACUUACCCUUGAAGAAAUUAAUUACAUACAAGGCACUGCUGAUUUCUUUGCGUUGAAUACUUAUUUUACUUAUAUGGUAAAUGAUGUACCGGAAGGAGACCCAAAUAUCACUAGUUUUCAGAACGACGUAAGAAUUGAGAAAACGUAUGUUAAAGGUGCUCAAUUAGGUGCAAAUGGUUUCCCUGUAGUGCCUUGGGGAGUAUACAAAAUGUUGAAAUACAUUAAAAAUGCAUACAAUGACCCUGUUAUACUUAUUACAGAAAUGGGUUUUUCAGAAUAUGGUUUAACUUUAGAAGACGAUCUUAGAAUAUUGUUUUUCAUGGAUUAUUUCAACGCUACACUUGAGGCGAUGUUUCAAGACGGUGUACAAGUUAUAGGAAUUUCUGCUUGGAGUUUAUUGGACAACUUCGAAUGGGUGGAUGGGUACAGUGCUCAUUUUGGAUUUUAUUACAUCGAUUUCACUGAUCCCAAUCUGACAAGAAUACCAAAAAAGUCCGUGGAAUUCUUCAAAAAACUUGUUGAAAAGAAAAGUCUACCGAUAUUAGAAAAUUAUCAAAACAGCGGAGCUGACAACAAAAUAUUUAAUUCCAUUGUGAAUAAUUUAUUAGGCAUAUUUAUUAUUUUUUAUAUUUUAUUUAUACAAUGAUAUUAAUAAAAAAAUUAAAGCUAA